UCGGGAGCGUUUGAUUGUGCACGAGACUGAACGAUAGCUAGCCGUUAAUGUGCAUAUUUUCCAAAUCUAGCGCCGGUGUCUAGCUAGGAGACACGUUUCUCAUCAUGCGUGAGCAUAAACGAUCGUUAUAAUCGACACUCAUCGCUGAGUGUGUAACAUUAGUGUUGGUAAAGCAAUAUGGAGGAGACACCAGCUAGCUACAGACGAGAGGGUCGCGUCUUGGCUUUGUCGUGUGGGCUUUUCUUCCUUUUGCUUGCUAACGUUAGCAACAAUAACAUCACUACAUUUGAACAAAACGUUACAAGCCGCCGCCGCCGCCGCCAGGUGUUGCAGACCUGCUGCUGGUUACAGUCACAGGAACCUGCUGGUCCCCAGGUCUACCUGAUGAGUAUGAGCCUGACUACAGAACCCCCUAACGAUGGUCCCACAGUUACAGAAGUUUCCAACCCGUCAGAGAGUAAAAUGACUACACCUGAGAAGAAGGACAAGAAGCCAGAUGAUGUGCCUGAGGAAGAGGAGGAGGAGGAAGAAUACGUGGUGGAAAAGGUCCUGAAUCGGCGGGUGGUGAAAGGGAGAGUAGAAUAUCUUCUCAAGUGGAAAGGCUUCUCAGAGGAAGAUAAUACGUGGGAGCCAGAAGACAACCUGGACUGUCCAGAUUUAAUUGCAGAAUUUCUGCAGUCCCAGAAAACGGCGCACGAUGGAAAGCGGAAGGCGGCCGGAGACACAGAUGGAGACGAAAAUAAAACAAAGAAGAAAAAAGACGACACAGAGAAGCUAAGGGGCUUUGCUCGAGGGCUGGAUCCAGAAAGGAUUAUUGGUGCCACAGAUUCCACAGGAGAACUCAUGUUUCUCAUGAAAUGGAAAAAUUCUGACGAAGCGGACCUGGUGCCGGCGAAGGAGGCCAAUGUGAAGUGUCCGCAGGUGGUCAUCUCUUUCUACGAAGAGAGACUUACUUGGCACUCGUAUCCCACCGAAGACGAGAAAAAAGACGACAAAAACUAACACAGGGCGAAGGGGCAGGGGCAAAAAAGAAACUGUAGUUUUGAACUUCAUUGUACUUUCGGCAGGAUUCGGGGAGGGAGGGGAUCAGAGACAAGCAAGACAUCAUUGGACUCAUUCGUCUUUUGGUGUAGUAUCACUCAUUUGAUUCUGCUUUUAUCUGGAUAGAACCUAACUGUAAAUAUGCUUCAGGUUUGCUUGACAAAAUCCAAAUGAAAUGUACAACGCAGUGUUCACUGAGUAUCCACUCCAGUUUUAAGAAAACUGCUCGGCUACUUCAGUAACUUUUUCACAUAGCAUUUGGUCCAGUGUUCAGUCAUCUUGCUAUGGCGUUGUAUUGGUGAGGUGAUGUUUUUAUUUCAUUAGUGUGCCAUUUUUUUAUAAACGCAUCGGUGCUUCUGAGGGCAAAACUGUGUUCAUCUUAGCUGUUUCCUUAGGACCCCUUUGGUGUAUCAUUAUGGACCCUUUUCGGUGAUUCAUUUGGUCAUUGGAAAUCUUUGUAGUGUUUUUCAUGAACAUGUCUUGCUUGUCGGUUUUGGAGAAUAAAUCACUUUUUGUUA